CCGGUUUGUCGUGUCUAUCGUCUCCGUCCAUUGCCGUCGAAUUUCUCUCUCUCUCUCUCUCUCUCUCUAAGCUACCUUUGUUUCAUAUACAACUGUACCUUCUUCUUCCUCUUUCACUCAAACCUUCAUUUAAUACACAUACGUACUUUUCUAUCACCAACCAACACCUUUCUAUCUCCUCCCUUAUUCUCUCUAUACAUAACAUGACUCGUAGUAAUCAACUCAACCUCAAUGAAUCUAGGAGUGUUGUUCCAUUGAAUACAUGGGUGCUAAUCUCAAAUUUCAAGCUAGCUUACAAUCUUCUAAGACGGGCAGAUGGAACAUUCAAUCGAGAGUUAGCAGAGUUUCUUGAUAGAAAAGUACCAGCCAAUGCUAUUCCGGUCGAUGGUGUAUUUUCAUUCGAUCAUGUCGAUCGAAACACAGGACUUUUUAAUCGUGUUUAUCUACCAUAUUCUGAAAAUGAGGCUCAAUGUGGUGUUAUAGACUUAGAAAAACCAUUGAGUACUAAAAAAAUUGUUCCUGUCAUAAUCUUCUUUCAUGGAGGAAGCUUCUCUCAUUCUUCUGCAAACAGUGCUAUCUAUGACACUUUUUGUAGAAGACUUGUAAGCAUUUGUAAAGCUGCUGUUGUUUCGGUGAAUUACCGAAGAUCGCCGGAGUAUCGGUUUCCUUGUUGUUAUGAUGAUGGUUGGGAAGCACUUAAAUGGGUCAAGUCAAGAAAAUGGCUUCAAAGUGGUAAAGAAUCUAAAGUUUAUGUUUACAUGGCUGGUGAUAGUUCAGGAGGGAAUAUUAUUCAUCAUGUAGCUGUGAAAGCAGCUGAAGAGGAAAAACAAGAAAUUGAAGUGUUGGGGAACAUUCUUCUUCAUCCACUGUUUGGUGGUGAGAAAAGAACAGAUUCUGAAAUGAGAUUAGAUGGAAAGUACUUUGUUAAAUUGCAAGAUCGUGAUUGGUAUUGGAGAGCUUUUUUACCUGAAGGUGAAGAUAGAGACCACUUUGCUUGUAACCCUUUUGGUCCUAAAGGGAAAAGUCUUGUAGGACUUGACAAGUUUCCUAAAAGUCUUGUUUGUGUUGCUGGUUUGGAUCUUCUACAAGAUUGGCAAUUGGCUUAUGUGGAUGGUUUGAGGAAUUUUGGUCAAGAGGUUAAACUUCUUUUCCUUAAGGAUGCUACUAUUGGUUUUUACUUCUUGCCAAAUAAUGAUCAUUUUUAUUGCCUUAUGGAGGAGAUAAAAAACUUUGUCAAUUCUAACUGUUAAUUAAUACUAUUACAACUAUAGUACUACUUGACCUUACCUAUACAUAAAAAAUCUUAACUUUUCAUGUUGGUGUUAUUUAGCUUUUUGUUUUUUUUAGUAUUUGUAUCUUCUCUUCUUUUUUUUUUUUUUUUUACUAUUUAGUAGUAAUGGUGUGUAUUUAUAGAAUUAUGUAGCAUUACUAUUUGGGUCUCUUUGACCCCAUUUAACUUUUUGACCUCAAAUACCUUGAGGGAAGAUUGAAGAUUAGGUAAUGGAUGAUGGAUUUGGUUUGGGGAUUGUAAUAUAUUCCUCUUGUAGGAGUACUAAUUAAUGACUGAAUGUGACAUGGAGAAUAUCCCAACCUGAUAUUAUGAAUGUAUAAGUAUAACUAAAUAUAUAGUUAUAUAAUUUGUCUUGGAUGAUUGCUUUUGUUUA